CGUGUAAAAAACGAUCCACUAUAUCUGCGUGGCAAUAAAAAAGAAAAGUCGUAAACCUGCUUUACUUUAAGCAAAUUAAAAUUAAUUUUUUCCUAAACCACUAAAAUCCCUUGCCGUAAAUUUAUUCCGUAAAGGUAUUCCGUAUUUCAGCAUAACCGGAACAAGUGUUUCUACGUAAUAUAAAGAAAUUUCUCCGAGUUCGUCACUUUCCUUCACAGUGAAACACGCAGGUGACAUCAAAUAAGUAAUAAUUCAGACAUUUUCAAACUAAUUUGUAAAACUCGUGAUUUAUUUGAAAAAAAUUCGAGGCACGUUAAACAGCCCGUUCUUUAGAAAUUAACAUCGACGGAGGUGUAGGCAAUUGAAAGUCGAAGAGCAUUGAGGAGCGAUAGACACGGACACAUAAUUGUAGGCGCGGCGAAGAUGCUUCGACCGUGCCUUUUCCAUUUGUCGAGACAGCCAACGUCGAAGCAUCUUAUACCGUUCGUCCUCGUGGGCAUUCCAAGCGGGAAUUCUCGAAAGCCAGUUGUGCCGUAGAAACACGCGUCGGGGCCUGCCGCUCGCCGGUACUUUCGAGUGCUCGUAAAUCCGCUGUUUUCUCGCUUUGUGUUGUUUUCGAGUGUGCCGAAUUUUCUUGACAAGAGGCCAUCGAAUACCAAAGUGACGUGACUAAGUACUUGACCUCGACGUCCACAACUCUUCCGUCAAAUUCAAAUUGAAUAUUACCUGGCAGGAUGGAUGCUGAGACUGGGGCCAUUUUGGCCCUACAAAUAUUAGCUCUCUGUUCGAUAGCCGCUGCCCUGUUGGCCUACCUAAUGCGGCAAUCGAGGAACGCCACCGACGAGUACGAGACUCGUAACAAACUCCAUGUACUCGUGACCAGCUGCGAUACAUCCGUAGGCCUGCAGAUCGCCAUAGCACUUUACGAAGCUGGUUACAAGGUAUUUGCUGGUCUAUUGGAUCCUUCUGGAAAUUCACCAUCAAUGAAAAUCGUAAGGGCGAUAGAACAACAGAAAGAAAGGGAGGAGGAUGCGACGAACACAGUUCAAGGGAACACACAAGAUCCGGAAAUACGUGCUCGCGGUCGAAUCGUACCCUUGGAGUUGGACUCAACGAGGGAGGACAGUUUACGCGCUUGUUUGGAUGCAGUUAGGGCGAAACUUCCGGCUGGCGAAGAUGGUCUCUGGGCAAUCGUGUACACUGGCGGUUUGGCUCUAUCAGGUGCCAUAGAGAGACAACCGAGUUCCGCGUGGGAAUCGAUGUUACGACAUAACUUAGUGGCGCCACUUAGGACCGCGAGAAUGUUCAUUCCUCUUUUGCGCGUAAAAAGAGGACGCAUCAUUCUCUUGGGCGAUUCCACGACAAGCUACGGUACCAAAAUUGGAACAGGACUGGUAGCGUACAGUGCGUCCAGAAAAGCCGUAGAAGGAGCUGCAGAAGCAUUAAAAAGCGAACUACAAUCCUCCGGGGUUGACGUCGUUCUCCUUAGACCGCCACCCGUGAAUCCUCUUAUUCUUUACAAUUCACCUGUUCUCAAGACCUCCGACGUAGAGUCUGGAAUAAUAUCUUCCGAGGGAACAUGGACGGCGCCUGUAUCUACACACGCCAUUCAAAACUCAUUAAUCCCUGCACUAACGUCACCUUGCCCACGUAUUUCUUACGACAUGGUUGUCAAAACGAGGCUCUUCUGUAGAUAAACCAAUUUUCAAUUAGUGGAUGUUAACGUAUACGCAAACUUUAAUUAGUAUUACGUCAAAUUAAGUAUCAGUCACUAAUACCUUGUAAGACUAAUGUUUGUUAUCUUAACAUCGGUAAAUUUUACACUAGAUUCAUUUUAACCUUUUAAUUUUAAAUCAUCUUGUUAGAUGUAUCGAUGCGCGAGAGGCUUACGUUUUCAAGAAUAUGUACAGUUUUGUAAUUAAUACAAUGUUAACAAAAACCUGUAAUUAA